GUUCAUUUCCUCCAUUCAUCUAUGAGACGCUGGGAGCAUGUUUCGACUAUUCCUGACACCCGAAUUCCGUCCGACCAAAUCGCAAUUGUUACUGUAGGUUUUCCUAGUACCAGUGAUCUCUGUGGCGGCCGAGUCCAAAGGGCUAACUGCUGUUCGGGCCCUGGAACGGUCGGUGGCUUUUCCAACCCUGGGAAUAGGGUGAGAGGUGACCGUCACUCGCAUGGAAGCGAAAACAUUUCACUCAGAGAUCACAUCUCAGUCCAGUUCCUCCAAUAUGUGCCGCCAGUCACCCUUUCCUGCCCUUCGAAGGAAAGUGACAGUAUUUUUAAAUUCAUUGACACCGAAAUUCUAUGUGGCACUUACAGGAACAUCUUCUUUGAUAUCAGGACUAAUAUUUAUAUUUGAAUGGUGGUACUUUCAUAAACAUGGCACGUCUUUUAUUGAACAAGUAUCUGUGAGCCAUUUGCGACCACUGAUGGGAGGAACAGAAAGCAGCAUUUCAGAGCCAGGUUCUCCUUCUAGCAACAGAGAAAGUGAAACCAGCAGACAGAAUUUGUCAGAAUGCAAGGUAUGGAGAAACCCUCUAAAUCUUUUCAGAGGAGCAGAAUAUAGGAGAUACACUUGGGUGACUGGUAAAGAGCCACUUACAUACUAUGACAUGAAUUUGUCAGCUCAGGACCAUCAGACCUUUUUCACCUGUGACACGGACUUUUUACGUCCUUCAGACACAGUUAUGCAGAAGGCAUGGAGGGAAAGAAAUCCUCCAGCUCGAAUCAAAGCAGCCUAUCAAGCUUUAGAAUUAAACAAUGACUGUGCCACUGCAUACGUUUUACUGGCCGAGGAAGAAGCAACAACUAUUGUAGAUGCUGAAAGGUUAUUUAAACAGGCACUCAAGGCAGGAGAAACAAUUUACAGGCGGUCACAGCAGUGCCAGCAUCAAAGUCCUCAGCAUGAAGCUCAACUGCGAAGAGAUACCAAUGUACUGGUAUACAUUAAAAGAAGACUAGCAAUGUGUGCAAGAAAAUUAGGAAGAAUAAGAGAAGCAGUAAAAAUAAUGAGAGAUUUGAUGAAAGAAUUUCCUCCUCUUACCAUGUUGAACAUCCAUGAGAAUCUCCUAGAAUCACUUCUGGAAUUACAGGCCUAUGCAGAUGUUCAGGCAGUCCUAGCAAAAUAUGAUGAUAUAAGCCUUCCAAAGUCAGCAGCAAUCUGUUACACAGCAGCACUAUUGAAGACAAGGACUGUUUCAGAUAAAUUCUCUCCUGAAACAGCUUCCAGAAGAGGGCUAAGCACAGCAGAAAUUAAUGCUGUGGAAGCAAUUCAUAGAGCUGUGGAAUUUAAUCCUCAUGUUCCAAAAUACUUACUAGAGAUGAAAAGUCUAAUUUUACCUCCAGAACACAUUCUGAAACGGGGUGAUAGUGAAGCAAUCGCCUAUGCUUUCUUCCAUCUUCAGCACUGGAAGAGAAUAGAAGGUGCUCUUAAUCUCCUACAGUGUACGUGGGAAGGCACUUUUAGAAUGAUUCCAUAUCCAUUAGAGAAAGGCCAUCUAUUCUAUCCUUAUCCCAGCUGCACAGAGACUGCUGAUAGAGAGCUAUUACCUACCUUUCAUCAUGUUUCUGUUUACCCCAAGAAGGAGCUUCCUUUUUUCAUCCAUUUCACAGCAGGACUGUGUUCUUCUACAGCAAUGAUAGCUCUUCUCACACACCAGUUUCCUGAAAUCAUGAGUGUUUUUGCUAAAGCUGUAAGUAUGAUCUCAAGGACUUGUGUAGAGUAUUUGUAAAACACAUAAGAAACCAUCUCUGAUCUGUUUGUGCUAAACCAGCUGAUCAGGGGAAGAUGUUUGUUACCAUAAAUUACAGGAAUUGAUUUGUCAAGUAGCUCCAUAAAUGUGUCAAAUAUAAGUUUUUGGUGAGUUGGGCUAUAUUUUUGUUGCGUAAAAGUUUAAAGAAUACAGUGGUACAACAUGAUAAAGUUGGUCUUUGUAGAUCACUUUUGGUGGUAAAUAUAGCGCUGUUCCUAGCUAAGGAAUAACCCAGUUCUUUUCAAUGCUUUCUUUUUGGCAAAAAAAAACCCUAUUUGGGAAACAAUUUCCUAUUUCAAUUUUUCCAUUUAAAUGAAAUUAUUAAUGAUAAAGUCUGCUGAUGGAGAGUAAGUAGGUAAGAUGGACAGAUGGAGCAUUCGCCUGGGUACAGAAUAUGCUUCUUUACUCAAAGCUUCUCACUGUUGUAAUCUGUGUAUUCUUAAUUGGCCUUCCCCAACCUUGGAUGUAGAACCAUGGAUAGACCUUUAUUCUUAUUUUUUCCUUUAAUUUGAACUACUUCCCCGUUUCCUGAGCCGAGUUCAGAUGGUACGUGAAGACUGAUAUUAGAGAGACUAUCCCACGACUAUUUACUCUUCUAUACAAACUUAGUAAUUAAUGUCACUGGCUCAAAGUAAAAUUACCAAAGAGAAGUCCCUUUAAGUUGAUAAGCCUUUAAAAAUAGGUCUUUUUUAAAAAAAUUAACAUAUAAUGUAUUAUUUGUUUCAGGGGUACAGGUUUGUGAAUCAUCACUCUUACACAGUUCACAGCACUCACCAUAGUACAUACCUUCCCCAAGGACUAUCACGCAGCCUCCCCAUCCCUCCCAUGCCCCUAUCCUCCAGGAACCCUCAGUUUGUUUCCUGAGAUUAAGAGUCUCUAAUGGUUUGUCUCCUUCUCUGGUUUCAUCUUAUUUCAUUUCUCCCUCCCUUCCCCUAUGAUCCUCUGUCUUGUUUCUCAAAUUCCUCAUAUCAGUGGGUUCAUAUGAUAAUUGUCUUUCUCUGAUUGACUUAUUUUGCUUAGCAUAAUACUCUCUAGUUCUAUCCAUGUUGUUGCAAAUGGCAAGAUUUCAUUUUUGAUGGCUGCAUAAUAUUCCAUUGUAUGUAUAUACCGCAUCCUCUUUAUCUAUUCAUCUGUUAAUGGACAUCUGGGCUCUUUCCAUAGCUUGGCUCUUGUGGAUACUGAUGCUAUAAACACUGGGGUGCAUAUGCCCCUUCAGAUCACUAUGUUUGUAUCUUUAGGGUAAAUACCCAGUAGUGCAAUUGCUGGGUCGUAGGUAGGGUAGCUGUAUUUUCAACAUUUUAAGGAACUUCCAUACUGUUUUCCAGAGUACCAGCUUGCAUUCCCACCAACAGUGUAGGAGGGUUCCCCUUUCUCACAUCCUCACCAACACAUGUCGUUUCCUGAUGGUUAAUUUUUGCCAUUCUGAGUGGUGUGAAGUGGUAUCUCACUGUGGUUUUGAUUUGUAUUUCCCUGUUGCCAAGUGAUGUUGAACACUUUCAUAUGUCUUUUGGCCAUUUGGAUAAAAAUGGGUCUUUCUUAUACAUCUUCACAUUUUCAAACACAGAAGGAAAAUGCUAAUUCAUUUUAGUCCCAAAUCAAAAAGCACUGAGAACUAUAGAAACACUAGCCCUUAAUCAGCAAUGUAAUUUCUAUAUUUUUCUCUAUAUGCAUCUGUUCUAACUCCCUGUUUCCUCACAAUCUUUUUUGCUACCUUAAGAACAGUUUAUUUGGUGCCUUAAAGAUUAGUUGGUUUUCUUCUGGCACUAGGAGUAAAAGCACUGGUUUCCCUUUUUCCCUGAAGGUCAGCUGUAUAAUGUGUUAAGUUGCCACUGGCAGUAGGCCUAGCAGUCUGAGACUGCACUUGAUUCUGGGUCAGUCUUCAAGGAGAGUGACUUUCCACUAUUGUUCAGGGAGUAUAGAUAUUUGGGUUGGAAACUGACUGUUUCCUUUUGGUGUAAAAGUGAAGUGUAGUGAUCGUACGGUAACUGUUGUUCACAGUGGUGCUGGCUGGGGAGUGAGUGCAUCUCAAACUGAGAUGACCUUACUGUGUACUCUGGCAUGGAAAAAAAUUGACUAGAAAGGGAAUCCCAUCCAUUUAAGAACUGGAAAAAUAUCUGCAGCUGUGUAUUUGAGAUCACAGGCAAGCGGUGGGAGGGAUGGUCCUUGGAGUUCUCUCAGGGCAUUGGAAAGGAGGGAAAAUAGAGUAAGGGAGAGAUUUAGAAUCUAGAAUUGAUAUGUAGCAUAUGUUAGUCAUGUACUUCCAUGAGAUACUGGUUAAAAUUAGUGCAGAGCGGAUUCACCAUCCGCUGUAGCCACCAAUGUUAGUAUGUAGUAUCUGUCUUUAUCUGAGACAUGGCUGAUGCUCCAAAAGAGUCCUUAAGAUUACAUAGCACAAGCUCCUUAGCACUCCUCUAGCAGGGUCUGAGAAUGAAUAAUUAUACAUUUUAAACUGAAAUCUUCUUUUUUAGACCAAAAGUUAUUAAUUUACUGUAGUUCUAGGUAAUGAGCAAUAAACAGGCAUUUAUUUACCAUCCUUAGAUAUUUGUAUAGUUGGUCGCAUAUAGUUAAAAAUGUGCCUCACAGCAAACUUUUAUAGCCACAUUUUAUCCAGUGGCCUUUACAUGUACAUUUUUAGUUCCUAAAAGCAAACUAUUUACUCAGGAUACCUGCACACCAAUAUUUGCCAUGCAGCAGUACCAAGGGCAGGUUCCACUGAAGAAUUUAUGAAAAAUGGUUACAUGCAGGCAAUCCUCAGCUUAUAAACACAAUGUAAAAAUGCCUACCAGCCAGCUAGGAGGGAGCCAGAGGUUCAAAUUCUGCUUCUUUCCCUAUUUACUUAAUGGCCUAUGCAGUAGGAGCUUCACCAUCACCCAGAAACUUGUUAGAAAGCAGAACCUCUGGUGCCACUAGCAACUUCCUGAAUCUGCAUUUUAUUUAUUUAUUUAUUUAUUUUUAAAGAUUUUAUUUAUUUAUUGGGGGCGGGGAGAGAGUGAGCACAGGCAGACAGAGUGGCAGGCAGAGGCAGAGGGAGAAGCAGGCUCCCCGCCGAGCAAGGAGCCCGACGUGGGACUCGAUCCCAGGACCCUGGGAUCAUGACCCGAGCCAAAGGCAGCCGCUUAACCAACUGAGCCACCCAGGCGUCCCCUGAAUCUGCAUUUUAGCAAGACCCGCAGGUGAUCGUAUAUGCACUUUUAAAACUUGAGAAGCCCUGCUGUCCUCUCCCUGCAACAGGAGGAAUUUAUGCGGUUUGGAGAGUGCCACCUCUUCCAGGUAAAGAGGCACAGCUUUAUGGGAUAGCAGUGAGCAUAGGCUCUGGAGCCAGACUGCUUUCCUUUGAGUUCCAGCCCUGACACUUACUGGCUGUGCAACUUCAGGUAAGUUACUUAACCAUUUCUCCCCCUCAUAGACACUUGUGAGGGUUAGAUGAGUUUGAAAUAUGACAGGUGUUUAGAACCAUGUCUGGCCACAGUAGAAACUAGGGAAGUGUUACUCUUGUCGCCACCCAUCAUUGUCAUCAUUAUCACCAAAGUGCAGCUGUGAUGAGAAAUCCUAACCCCCUCACGGUUGGGAGGAGUUAUGUCCUGCUAGUAAACUCAAAAUGUAUUUUCCCAUAGAAAUUGCAGCAUAAAUGGUGACUAGGUGUCAUUUAAACAGUACUGCCCGUACAUUAUGUGUAUUUGUACCACCAAAAGUGGAGAAAUGUUUCAGGUUGUAGGUACUGGCAAACUGCCUUGUAGAACAUCAAAUAUCGACAAAUUGCAAACUGCCUAUGUUAGGAUUUUCAAUUAGGUCAGAUAUUUGAUAGCCAAAAUGGAAAUUAAUCUAUUUUGUCAGGCAAAGCAAUUUAAGAGAAUUGCCUAAAUUUUUUCCAUUGUUACCAUGGUCUCUUCCUCAUCUGAUAUAUUUUUAUAUUAGCUCAUAUGAUAGACUAAAUUUAAUUUGAAUUUGUGAAAAUACGUUUGUUACAAAAAUUGCUUUUUUGUGAAACAAGGCACUAGGGAUUAAUGGUCUUUUAUAAUCCUCACUGUGCCUCAGAUUGAGAUAAAUGGAAGAGUAAUUAGAAUGGUUAGUGGUUUUAGUGCCCUGUCUUUUGCAUGUAUGAAGCUGUGUGGAAUAAGACUUCAGUUUCAGCAAGUUAGGGUUUUCUUUCUUGAUUUUUCUCCUGGCUGAGAUGAAAACCAAGUCUGACAUUCGACAUAGAGCAAUAAAAAAAAAAUAAAAAAUAAAAAAAUUCAUAAAUCCCUGGAGAUGUGGAAUGUGCUGAUAUCAGAGCUGAUACUCUCCAAGGCCAGAAUUCCUGAAAAAGGAAAAAGUGCUUUUAAGUAGUAGGUCAUUUUCUCACCUGCUUUGAAGCCUGCUGGGUUAAAUAUGAGAGUUCAAAGUAAGGGUAGCCAGCAAACCAAAUGAACUGGAAUCUGAUUCUGCUUAUCUGAAAGGAGCUUCUUUUUUUAAGAGCAGCACUGCCCUCUCCUUAGAGAACCAAUCUUCAUCUAGCCUGGCCCCUUUCAUUUCUCUCCUGCAAGAAAAGCUUUCUUCUUACUAAGUCUUGGGAGGGCGUUAUCACAGCAGUGAAGACUAUAGAUGGUCUUUGGAGGUUUUACUGACUUACUGAUGAAUUCAGGCUUGUGGCAUGUGAUUUUAGUACUUUGAAUUCGGAAGUGUGUUUGCAUAUAAAAACCCCUAGUUGGGUUUUAAUGAAAUAGAAUAGCUAGCCUUUGCAACCUGGCAGAAAUAGGUGUUAGCGGGCAAAGAUAGGGAUCAGAAAGAUUCCCAAAUAAAUAGUUUGUUUCACUAAAGCAAAACUUUGUUGAAAUCUGUUUCACUGAACACAUACUAUAGCUGUGCUGAGGUGGGAAUGGGCCCUGUUUCCACAUAUUUUUACUAAUCUUUAUGUGGGAAAAUGUGGUUGGACAUGCCAGUGAUGAAUUUCUGAGCAACUCAUAAUUGGCUGGCUUCAGUGUAACUAGGGCCUAACAAUCUGCUUGAUUAAUUCUUUAAGGACUACAUUAGCCAAGUUGUAUGAUUUCCAAAGAUAUAGAAGGUCAGAUGUUAUGCUAACAAAAGACCUUUCUACGGAAUGUUCCACUGGGAUUUCUUCAGCCCCUUCCCAAAAAUAAUUAACAUUUUUCUCCCCAAAUUACAUUUUAAAAAAUAAUAAGCAGAAAUAAAUGCCAAGUAUAUUUUACUGAAUAGUGAUCAAAACUUUCGAGGUUUGUGCACUGUUCUCAUCAUUUCCCCCUCCCCCCCCAGGGUAAAGACCGUCUUAAUACCUAGGGGAGUUGAUAGAUAAUUAUAACUUUAUAUUGAUAUAUACCAGUGGAAAAAUAUAUUAUUUCUAAAGGUUCCUAAUUUUCCAUUGUUAUAACCAUGACAUGAAAUCUGUUCAUAGGAGGAAGUGAUUUUUUAUAUUCUCCAUCUGAUUUCAUUCAUACUAAAAACCUUUGAAAGUUGUAUCCUUCUUUAUUAAGUACUUAGGGCCACAUUCAGAAAUUCAACCAAGUAAAACAAGUUUCUUCACUUUGUUUGAAAAUGGAUUACUCUUCAAACCUGUGAGACUUCUUUAGUUCCUAAGAACUGACAUAGUUCUUAAAACAUUUUGAAUUGCAACCAAGCUUAUAGUCCCACAAAAUAUUUUUCUGUAACCAUACUAUUUCCACAGCAAUAUAUCUGAAGCAUUUCCCAGAGAUUAUACUGAUAACAAAAGGAGCCCACUGAAUGACAGGUCAAAACAUUUUGUAUGUUUACAUUUUUGUUCUCUUGCUAGUGCCACUGAAUUCAGUCUUUAUUUGGGCAGUCUAGCAUAUUCCCGUUUUGAUUUUCUUAAUUAAUUGGGAUAUUUCUAGCAAGAGAAAUGUUCUCUACUUCUAUUAGGGGUAUUUAUCAUGCUUCAUUCUGAUUGUUCUUUAAAAAGAACCAGACUGAAGUUUGUGAUCUUGCUGUUAUAUUUCUUUAUCCAUUUUUUCUAAAUACUAAACUUUUCUUUUCAAAGAGGAGGAAAAAAGAAUAAAAGUCAAGACAAUGUACUUUUUUUUUUCAAAGAUUUUAUUUAUUUAUUAGAGAGAUCACAAGUAGGCAGAGAGGCAGCCAGAGAGAGAGGAGGAAGCGGGCUCCCCGCUGAGCAGAGAGCCCGAUGUGGGGCUCGAUCCCAGCACCCUGGGAUCAUGACCAGAGCUGAAGGCAGAGGCUUAACCCACUGAGCCACCCAGGCACCCCAAGACAAUGUACUUUUUAAUGAAUGUUUAUACCCCUUCCCCAGGGUUUCCUUCAGUCGUGAAGUUUGUGGAAAACAUAUUCUUUCCCUAUUAACAUGUGCCUGUCAACUGGGAAGUUCACAAAAGCUUUCCCUGAAUUUAUUUGGCAGUAUAUUUAACCAUCCUUUCCCCCCAAAGCAACAUCCCAGUGUCAAAGUUGAGGACAUCCUGUCACUAAUUGCUACUGAUAUACUGAUUGCUUAAUCAUUAGCACUUGGGGUAAACGGACUGCCUUGCUGUUUUCAGAAGACUGGUGCUUAGAUAUUGAUGUAGAUUGCUUAUUCCAAACCCAUUACACAAGUGAUACUAGAAUUCACAUCAGGAAACUCCUGAUUUUUCUUUUAGAAAACAUCUUUGUUUUUUGCAGACCCAGCACAGUCCUCUAAAUGGAUAGAAUAAUGGUAUACAGAAUAAAAUAAUCUUGAGGAAUAGUUUUGCUUGGCUUCUUUCUUUAGUUAUUUUUUAUUUAUUUAUUUUUUAAAAUUUAUUUAUUUGACAGAGAGAUCACAAGUAGGUAGAGAGGCAGGCAGAGAGAGAGGGGGAAGCAGGCUCCUAGCCAAGCAGAGAGCCUGAGGCAGAGCCCAAUCCCAGGAUCCCGAGGUCACAACCAGAGCCGAAGGCAGAGGCCCAACCCACUGAACCACCCAGGUGCCCCUACUGGCUUCUUUCUUUUUUUCUUUUCAAGCUUUGCUCCUUCUCCCAUCAAUCAAAUUUCUAAUGUUUAAGAGAACUAAAUUUGUAUGACUACUUAAUAUAUUAUGAUUCUAAACCAGGAGUAAUUUAGAUUUCAGUUAGUUAUUAUCAUUGUUCUUAAGAGUAUAUACUUAGACUCUCAUUUUUUUUUUACCUGAGCCAUUAGAGGACAGAUUGUGGUUUUCCAAUGUUUUAAAUGGGGAAUUUUGAGUCAUUCAAGUUAAGUGACUUGCUUGAAAUCACACAAUAGAUCGUUCUUUAGUCAUGAUAUAUAUUUUUGGUUUCAAUAAUAUGUCAGUUUACAACUUAGAGCAGAACAAGUACAAAAGAAUACAUUUUAAAUAAAAUAGUAAUGCUGAAGGGAUAUAGAAUGAUGGAGUGGUGAUAGUACAGUGGUUUUGCUAGGGAAGUCUUCCUACAGGAGAUGAAUUUGGAGAAGAGUUUUGAAUGAAAAGGCCAAUACAGAUUUUCAAAAAAUAGAAAAGACAUUUAGGUUGCAGAAAUGCUUACAGCAAAACAAAAACAUCAGUAGAACAACUACCUGGAGAACUCUUCCUUCUUUACAGCAUAAGCCUAUUUGAUGAACUCUGAUGCUUUAAAAUAAAGAAUGCCCAUUUAUUUUUUUGUCUUUCAAAUUGGUUCGCUUUAAUUUCAUUCCUUUUCUUGCUAGUAAGCCUCUUAGGAAUGAAGAACACUGGUCAUUCCAUCACAUACUUAGACAACAAUAUAAAAAACUUUAGCCUAUCUAACUCUCUGAAUGUACAGUAAUACUAAAACAGUAGGCACAAACAGUAGGUUUGUAAUGAUUCAGAGGGAAUUUAAUCAACAGUCUGAAAUGGUAAAAAAAAAGAAACUUAAUUUAAAUUACAAAUGUAUACCCCAUGUUUCAAUAUCAUUCUUCUUUCAAAAUCAGAGGGUAAGUUUGUGAAGGAUUAUCUGGGGAAGUUUAACUGAACAGAAUAAACUUUUGGUCUAAAAUAUAACUUGCGUGUAUUUUCUGGUUAACAUGGGAAUUUUAGGUAGCAGGUGUACUUCUAGUAGUUGUAUUAGUAAGUAGGAAACGUAGGUAUGUUUCUUAAUGUUGAUGAGGCCUCAAUACAAGAUUAGCUAUUUUUAGUAUUCUUUCUGAAUUUGAGGAAAAAAUAAAAUUAUCUGUCUUAUCUCUCUGAUGACAUUAAGAUUGCCUUAUGUCCAUCUCUAACAGCCAGCUUCGAGAAAAUAAAUUACUUGGGUUUCAGAUGCUGCUCGACAAAAUUAAGAGAACUCAUAUUCAGUUAACUGAUAUUCAGACCACAUAAUCACCCUCUCAUCUCAUCCUAUAAUUUCAAGUGUUCUGAAAAUGAAAUGUAUAUAUUCUUCAAAGUGUAGUAAAGGGCUCUGUUCUUACUGAGCAGUUGAGAAUUACCAGUAGGAAAUAAAGCAAGAGAAGCAGUUUGGGGAAGAAUUCAGAAAGGAGCAUAUUCUCACACCCUUUGCUAGGAACGUGCCAGCUCUUGUUUUCAUCUAUUCAAGAUACGGGAGUCCCACUUUCUUUGUGAAGCCAGAGUUCAAGCUUUGACUCCCAGGUAGCGGCAGCUUUACAAUUAAAUUUUAAUCCUUUAGUGUUUGUUAGACUCCUAUCUAGAGUAUAGCUGCAACCAUUCUUGGCAGGCAAACACAUUGCUGUGUUUCCUGCAGUCACAGUGAGAUAGAAGAAUGUUCCCUGGCUGGGGUGUGGAUGAAGGCACUUUACUAAUCUUAUGCAUAAUUCAUCCUUGGUUGCUGGGGUACUCAGAGUUGAAACUUUGCCCUCUGAUAAAAUUCAGCUGGAUUUCUUAUUUACUUGACUCUGAUCCCUUUGGAUUUAGCCCUUACUGGAAGCCUGGGGAUUCUAAUUCAGCUAAGCCCUAGCUGUGUAGACUUUUCUUAUUAAUUUGCUCUGGAUGUAUUUUAGCUCUUGUUCAGACCACCAUAAACAACAACCGCAACAACAGCUGCACUAAAGAACAUGUAGCUUAGAGGCCAGGAGACCCUGAAAAGAUUUCUUCUUUCGGUAUUGGCUGAUUGACUGGAAGGACUCCAAUAGGGCUUAUCUUAGUUUGUUUUCAAAGUGUAGUUUUUAAAGAGCCUCCGCAUUUAAAACUACGUGAACUCUCGUUCUAUAGCUUGCCACAGUGUGGUAAUGAUUAUUCUGUAAUGUACUCCACAUUUUCAGCAUUCACCUUCAUUAUGUUAAGAUGUUACUACGGAUGGAUCUGUUCCUUUCUCCAUGCGGUGAGCAGAUACGUGUUGGGCACCUUCAUGGAGAAUGAGGUACAGUGUGUGUUCACAGGUAACUCAUAGUCUAGCAGGAGGGGGUUUGAACCGAAGCUACUGCUCCAGCAGUAGAUUGGCAUACCCUUGCAUGUUUAUUCAUUUGACUGGAAGUGACUGAGGAAUUAUUUUCACAUGCCUCACCUAGGAUGUAGUGACCUAAAAAAUCAUUCUAGACUCAGAGAGGACUUUCCCUUUCAGAAGACUCUGUUUAGUUAGGAGCCCUUUCGGUCACACAAGGAAGAUAGAAAGAGGAGCCUCUAUUCUCUUCCAAACAUGAGGUAUGUAGGACUUCAUCUUAACACCUAACUGACCAAGUGCAUAUUUUUAUAAACAGUGGUAUUCAUUAUUUUUCCUGAAUAGUUUAAAUUUUGUUAAAAAAUGAAGUGUUCCACAAAUCAGAACUUAAGAGAUGUCUCACCUCAGAUUCACGUAUCAGCUGCCAUGAGACAAAAUCCUCUCGUGGUUUUACAUUUUCAUCACCCUCUUUCGUGUCCUCUCAUCCCUAUUAAUGACAGAUUGAUAAGAGGUAAGGGCCAUUCUGGUUUGGAAAAUGAAACAGUGCAAUAUCGUGGUGAAGCAGAAUGGGAUAGUGAGAGUUAGGUCAUGUGAGCAAGAUAGGAAAGAGCCACUACAGAAUUUCCCAGAGCCUACUGUUAAUGUCAAAGCUGCAUCCUCCAGUCAGUCACUGAUUCUGAAAAUCGGAACAUAUGUUAAUUUUUUUAAAAUAAUAAAAGGAUAUUGGGAUAGGCACUGAAAUAGGGACCUUUUCCUUCUCUGUGAAGCUGAAUUUUGAUGAUCGAUUCUACAUCCUGCACAGUUCUACCUUUUUAUAGGGGGAACCACCAAGAUUUUCUGAGUAACUACAAAAUAUUUCCGAUCUUUAUUGGCUGACUUAAGUGUAUGUGCUAACUGGUCAUUGGGGAUAUGACCUUGGAAUACAUAUUUCAAAAUAGACACAUGACAUGUCUGUCCUUAGGGAGCUUAUACUAAUUAGGCAUGUCAUCAAUAAAUAUGGUAAUGUGAUGGAAGUAUAUAGAGUAGAAGAGUGCGCCCAAAGAGUAUACUGAUUUGACUCAGUGUGGCAGCAGAAGAAAGGAAGUAGGACAAUUUGAACAAUGACUUGGAGACGGAAGACUACGGAUGAGGCUUUGGAAUUUACUGCUGAUUGUUAGUUCUCUAGCAAUCCAUCCAAGCUUGCUAUAUCUGCUGGUAUAAAUAGAAAUUAUUAUUCUUUGGGUGGGUUAACAGAAUAUGUAUCUCCAAAUAGUGACUUAGAUGCAUGAUAGCAUCUUCCAACUCAGAAGUCUGAUUUGUAACAUGCUGGUAAAGAGGCAUAUUUCAUAUUUCUGGGUUGUAAGGAGCCCACUCUCAUCCAUUCACCUAUGUUUCCAUGUAGACUAGACCAUGUCUGCCAAUAUUAGGUCUCUAGAGAAAGAGUUAAGUCAAAAAUCAACUCUAGGCCCUCUGAACCCCUGGCUACUACCUACUCCUAUGGGAUUUGGACAAAGAUAAUGAACACAGUUACUUAACCUUUUUUUUUUUUUUUUUUAAACUCUUAGCUUUCAGGUGUCAUUGAGACUAAUCAUAUCUCUUGUUUGGCCUCAAGUUCCAUAUUAAAUUGUUUUUUUUAAUUGCUUUUGAGCAAUAACUUUUCUUUGGUCGCUUAACCAGUCAUAAAAGUAGAGGCUUUUGUCUUGAUGUCUGUAUUAUACUAGCUGCUCUGGGAGAAUAGAUGAAAAAUAAUAAGUCAGUUAGAUAUUUUAAGAGUAUCGAAAUCCCUUCCAUUCAGAAAUGUAAAUAAAAUAACCAGCAUGAGCAAUCAGCUUAUGUCAGAUUCCAUGGGUUUAUGUUACAUAGGGAAAUUAUAGUGCAACCUGAAACAUGCUUCUUAAUGAAUUCAUAGUGGUGUCACAGUUGAAUGUAAACCCUUGAGCUUUUCUAUUGUGAAAGGUUUCAGAAAUCACCUUUUAUAAACUGCCAGGGAAGGAGGAAAAAACUAAGAUGAUACCAACCAAAUGCUGUCACUGUGUAAGUGGCUGCUUCCUAGCACCAGACUGUGCCAGUUAAGUAAAGCAAACACUUGGGAUACUGUUCACCUUUUGGCUUAUUCAGUGUUAUGUGUGUGUGUGUCUGUGUGUGUGUGUGUCUUGUAAUAUAGUUGAGCCAUGAAUGACAUAGGCGUUAUGGGCACUGACCUCCUGUACGGUCAAUCUACUUAAGACUUUGUCUUUUUAAAGAUUAUUUAUUUAUUUAUUUGACAGGCAAAGAUCACAAGUAGGAAGAGAGGGAGGUCGGGUGGGGGUGGAGGGAGCAGGCUCAUCAUGGAGCAGAGAGCCCAUGUGGGGCUUGAUCCCAAGACCCUGGGAUCAUGACCUGAGCCGAAGGUAGAGUCUUUAACCCAGUGAGCCACCCAGGCAUCCCUUCACUUAGGACUUUUGACUCCCCAAAAACUUAAUGUUGACCAGAACCCUCCUCAACAUAAACAGUUAACACAUAUACUAUGUAUUAUAUGUUAUAUGUAUUAUAUACUGAGUUCUUAUAAUUAAGAAAAUGUUAUUAAGAACGUCAUCAGGAAGAGAAACAAAUACAUCUACAGCCCUGCAAUGUGUUCAUAAAACAGAUCUGUAUAGAAGUGGACCCAUGCACUUCAAACCUGUGUUGUGCAGGUGUCAACUUACUCUGUUUCUGAAAGAAGCACAAGGAGAGUGCUGUGGAAGGCCUGGUUAUCCUUGUGAUUUUUGUCCUCAAAAAUUAGGAAAGCUCAGUAAGGAAGUAGAACAGGAACCUGGUAAAUAGCUCUGUUUUUACCUUCACAGAUGCAAGAAGCCAGAGACCUAACCAGAAGUUAGGAGUUGGAAAUUUGUCUCUUGUUUUUGGCAGCUGCUCUGUCUAGCAGCUUGUAGUGCACGAGACGUAUCUUCAUUCACCCUUAUCAGUGAACUGGUUUUGUGGUCCCUAAAGCUCUUUCAUCACUCUCCUGCCAUUCACUGUGGCCUCAGACAUGACUUCUGCUUGCCACAGAAGUCCCGUAUGUCAAACAGGACAUCACAGCCUGUCAAAUUCUAAGGUGGGGAGUGAGGGAAAUAACCACAUAGUUUUAAUUUUAAAUUGUUCCUUUUUCACCUUGUAAUUUCUCAAGAGUUUGGCUUGAUUUAUGCCAGGCUCUGGGCCUGUAAGCCUGCAUUAGUGCAUCACAAUUCUGGAUAAAAUAUUUCACAUCUCUUA